CUUAAUGAACUGUUUCGCUGCUGGAGGAAAACUCUGCUGCUGGAAGAGAACGCGAUACUUUGUGGUAAUCUAAUCUCGUUGUCUGUCUCUACGGUCAUUGGUCUCUACUCACAAACAUGGCGGACUACCGCGAAGCGCCCUUGGCCACUCGGCCAAAAACGUUGGACCCAGCUGAAUAUUUCAACCUUUCGCUGGACCAGAGACGUGCCGAGGAGGAGAGGGCUGGUUUAAGGGCCCAGCUGAAGAGACAAUAUCAGAUGCAGCUAAACAACCCGCACAGAAAAGAGCUUAUUGAAGACCCUGCCUUGACACGCUGGGUGUAUGCACGCACCAACCCCUACAACCACUUCAGAGCCACCAAGAAGACGUCGCUGCUCGGUGGGCUCUUCGGAGUGGUUCCCCUCUUUGUCCUGUACUACGUUCUGAAGACGGACAGGGACAAGAAGGAGGAGCAGAUCAAAGCUGGGACCUACGACCGCAAGUUCAAGCUCGCCUACUGAGUUUGCUCAUUGCAGACCUCCAUUGUAAAGUAUUGUAGAUUUAAUGUCAGAGUGUGUGUCUGUUAUUGUUAACUGAAUAAAAUGUCCUUUUGUUUAAGAAGCAAAUCAAA